AUGUAAAAUGAUGCAAUGGAUUAUUUGACAAUCUUUACAUCAUUAACAAUAUUCAAAGCCUUUUGUUCUGGUGUUCAUCGAUAUAAAGUUAAUCAGAUGCCAACUUCACAUUAUGAAACCGUAAAUUUGUGAUCACAAUUUUAUUAUAGGAAUCUACUUUGGCAACUCUAAUGAAAAUUCAGAUGCAAUUCAAUUUUUUACUACUUCAUUGUACAUUGUUUUUCAAACACUUAGAAAAUGUAUAAGAUACAGGAAAAUUCAAUAUAUUCUUAUUGAUUUCAACUUGUUUAUUUGCUUUAACAUUAUUAUUGACAGAUUAUAGAUGGCUAUUGAAAAUUUACAGAUAUGAAAAUCAUAUACUUAGAGAAGAUUAUCCUAUAAUAGAGUUUUUAGGAAUCUAAAUAUUUAUGAUGUUUGGAUGUGCUUUACUAAUUACAAUUUAAUGGUUCACAAUUCCAAUUUUAUCAGAUCUUAUGUAUCAACUAUUAUUUAUAUACAAAAUGCCACAAAUUAUUAAAUGUCAUCAACAUAAUUAAAUUCCUAAUGUUACAUAUUUCUGUUUUCUUGAAGAUUAUUGCAUUUUAAUUUUUUUCUCAUAUUAUCGAGGUUGUCCAAUCAAUAUUUUCAAACUAUAAGAUAACUUGGGAAUCUGUAUUAGUGUUGCUAUUUUAAUAUGCAUUCAGCAAUGCAUUCUACUCUAUCAAUAUCAUGUGAAACCAAAAUUAUACUAAAUGAAGACAUAAGUAGAAGAAUUUGCAAACUAAAUAAGGGAAUAAAAUAUUUAUUAAAUUUUCGAUGAUUUAGGGAUUAAUAAUAACCUUGAAUGUGCUAUUUGUCUUCAAGGUAUAGAAAUUACUAAUUCUUUAUAAAUUUAACUUCAUCCUUAAGAUCCAAUUGUUUUAACAAGAUGUUCUCAUAAGUUUCAUGAAAGCUGUCUUAUUGUUUGGCUCAAAGUUAAAAAAUAAUGUCCUGUUUGCAGAUAAUAAUUCUGA